GAAGAAGGAGCUUCUGCAGGGGAUUUAUGCCAUGGGCUUCAACAGGCCCUCCAAGAUCCAGGGCACCGCUCUGCCCAUCAUGCUGGCCUACCCGCCCCAAAAUCUGAUAGCCCAGAGCCAGUCAGGCACAGGGAAGACAGCAGCGUUCGUGCUGGCCAUGCUGAGCAGAGUCAACGCCGCCGAGAAGCACCCCCAGUGCCUCUGCUUGGCCCCCACCUACGAGCUGGCCCUGCAGAUCGGGCAGGUGAUCGAGAAGCUUGGGCAGUACUGCACCGACACCAGGGUGACCUACGCCGUCCGGGGCAACCGCGUCCGGCAGGGCACGGUGUGCAGGGAGCAGCUGGUGGUGGGCACGCCGGGCACGGUGCUGGACUGGUGCUUCAAGCUGCGGCUGCUGGACCUGCGGCGCCUGCGGCUCUUCGUGCUGGACGAGGCUGACAUCAUGAUCGACACCCAGGGGCUGUCCAGCCAGAGCAUCCGCAUCCAGAGGGCUCUGCCCAAGAGCUGCCAGAUGCUGCUGUUCUCGGCCACCUUCCGGGAGCGGGUGCGGGCCUUCGCGCAGCGGAUGGUCUGCAGCCCCAUCCUGAUCACGCUGCGCGAGGAGGAGCUCAGCCUGGCCAACAUCCGGCAGUACUUCAUGGUCUGCCAGGGCCGGCAGCACAAGUACAGAGCCCUCUGCAACAUCUAUGGCAGCAUCACCAUCGGCCAGGCCAUGAUCUUCUGCCAGACCCGCAGGAGCACAGAGUGGCUGGCAGCAGAGAUGUGCCAUGAUGGGCACCAAGUGGGCAUCCUGACAGCAGACCUGACGGUGGCCCAGAGAGCCAACAUCAUCCAGCGCUUCCGCGAGGGGAAGGAGAAGGUUCUCAUCGCCACCAACAUCUGUGCCAGAGGCAUCGACGUGCAGCAGGUGACCGUGGUGGUGAACUUCAGCCUGCCCAUGGACGGGAAGAAGGAGCUGGAGCUGGAGACCUACCUGCACCGCAUCGGCCGCACCGGCCGCUUCGGCAAGCAGGGCAUCGCCUUCAGCAUGGUGGAGAGCCACAACCUCUGGGUCAUCGAGGUGAUCGAGAAGCACUUCCGCAUCAAGAUCAAGCAGCUGGACCCAGACAACAUGGAGGAGCUGGAGGAGCUGGAAAACUGAGUGAGGAGCUGGGAUGUGUUCCCAGGGUUCCAGC